GUCAUGGGCUGUGGCGGGUCCUGAUGAGGACCUUAACUUUGGGUCUCUUAUGGCGCAUCAGAAGACGGUGCAAGGUGCAUCUCUGGCCGAGGCUCAUCAGCCGCCCUCGGGCCCAUCUGCUGUAGUGCCACUUUUUCAGGACGAUUGGCAUUCGAUGAACGCUCGUCUUGUGGCAAUGAGAUCGCAACAGUUUAAGUAUCCUUGGGAGGUGACUUCGAGGUCUGUGCGGCCUCGUCUUAAUGCUUGGAGGGCCAACCUUUUCCCGAAUCCGCUCUUGGGUCGUUUUGAUCGGCCGACUCCGACUACGGUUGUUGCUGUAUCUUCGGAGCCUUGGGCUUGGACUGCGCGAAACACUUUCGAGGCCAGGCGGCUGCUCGCUGCUCGCUUUGCUAAGACUGACGAUCAGAUGCUGCUGGCCGCCUUCAAGAAGAUAAGGUCGAUUGAAGAUGCCUUUGCGGGCAAGGCUCCUGGGACACUGCUGAAGCGUGCAGGCGCCAGCCCGACUUCUGCUGAUUCCUUUGUCAAGGCGCUGAGGUUCUUUGUGUACCACACAGGGGCCUAUAUGAACGAUCCGGCACCGCCCCUUCCAGUGUCUCAUGUCCGUGCUCUGGAGGAGUUCGUGAUAGACACUCGAGAUCAUGCCCGGACGGCGCACUACAAGACCCGCGCCAAGGAUAGACAGAAUCGGAUGCUGCCGCUGUUGGCACUUGGGCGCACUCUGGUGCAGCCAGGCUGGGGCGCUGCAUGGAUCAAGCAUCGCGAGGCUGCCGGCAUCUCUGGGCAUAGCUGCCUUAUGAGACCUAUAGAGGCCUACACGUCCCACAGUCUCAAGGCCACGGCAUUGAGUUGGAGUGCCAAGUCGGGGACCAUGUCGUACGAGGAAAGGUUGACCCAGGGCCACCACGUGCAUCCCAAGCUUGGAGUGGCUUUGCUGUACAGCAGAGACGCCAUGGCUGAGAUCAUGGUGAAAGUUGGGCGCAUCGUGAGAGCCAUCGUCAGCGGUGCCUUCUCGCCUGACCUGCCGCGAGCACAGAGGAUGGCGCUUGCAUUGCAGAAGGCCCCUGAAGACUUCUCCCACCUUCCGGAGACGCAGCCUGACCUCGUAGAUGGCGAUGAUGAGGUGCCUGAUGUUGAGAGUGAGGGCUCCGACCUUUCGGACACAGAGCUUCUUAAAGGUUUGCAGGCUCUUAAUUUGCCUUCCGCGCCCGAUGCGGUGCGGCCCCGUAUCGAGGCGACUUUUGCUGGCAAUGUUUUCAUGCACAUCCUCACAGGGGUGGUGCACUGUGAGGCAUUGCCCGGGAAAUUCAAGUGUGGGCGACCUGUUACCGCCAACAUGAGACUCAUGUCCCAGGGCGAGGCACAGAACCAUGUAUGUCAACAGUGUGCCGCUGUGGAUAGCGGUGCCUGA